GCACAAAUGCAAGAUUGGUCUACUCCAUCGAAAAGAACGUCAUCGAGGAAGAGACCGGGUCUCCUAUCUUUGAAAUCGAAUCGGAAACGGGAGUGAUUAAGACGGCCGUAUGUUGUUUAGAUCGUGAACGUACGCCCGAUUAUUCCAUCCAGGUGGUUGCGAUGGACGGUGGUGGUUUAAAAGGAACUGGGACUGCUAGUAUUCGUGUUAAAGAUAUAAACGAUAUGCCUCCCGCGUUCACAAAAGAUGAGUGGUUAACUGAAGUAGACGAAACUGAUGGUAGCGCACUGCCGGAAAUGCCUAUUCUUACCGUAACUGUGCAUGAUGAAGACGAAACUAAUAAGUUCCAAUACAAGGUACUUGAAAGCAGCGGCUACGGUGCAGACAAAUUUACAAUGGUACGGAACAACGACGGUACCGGCUCCUUAAAAAUAGUCCAGCCCCUGGACUAUGAAGACCUUCUUCAGAGCAACGGAUUCCGAUUCCGCAUCCAGGUGAACGACAAGGGUGAAGACAACGACAACGACAAGUACCACGUGGCUUAUUCAUGGGUAGUUGUGAAAUUACGGGAUAUCAAUGAUAAUAAGCCAGUUUUUGAAAGACCCAAUAUCGAAGUCAGUGUGCCAGAAAACGCAGAAAUUGGUAAAAGUUUAGAUACUUUCAAAGCAACGGAUCCCGACCAAGGUGGAAAAAGCAAGGUAUCAUAUUCAAUUGAUAGAAGCUCAGACAGGAAAAGACAAUUUUCGAUAAAUCAAUCCGGUACCGUCAGUAUCCAAAGAUCUCUGGAUCGUGAAGAUACACCAAGGCAUCAAGUGAAAAUUUUAGCUAUUGACGAUGGCAUUCCUCCAAAAACUGCCACAGCUACUUUAACAGUGAUUGUUCAAGAUAUCAACGACAAUGCACCCACAUUCCUUAAGGAUUAUAGGCCUGUUAUUCCUGAACAUGUGGCUCCCAAAAAGGUGGUUGAAAUUCUAGCAACAGAUGAUGAUGAUCGAUCGAAAAGUAACGGACCGCCAUUCCAAUUCCGAUUGGAUCCAAGUGCCAGCGAUAGAGUUCGGGCCAGUUUCAGAGUUGAGCAAGAUCAAAAGGGUGCUAACGGUGAUGGCAUGGCCAUUGUCACGUCCUUAAAGUCUUUCGACCGAGAGCAGGAAAAGGAAUACCACAUUCCGAUUGUAAUCAAAGAUCACGGUAAUCCUGCUAUGACAGGCACCAGCACACUUACCGUUAUUAUCGGCGAUAAUAACGAUAAUAAAAUGCAACCUGGGUCGAAGAAUAUAUUCGUGUACAACUAUCAAGGUCAAGCUCCGGAAACAGAAAUAGGUCGAGUGUACGUCUACGAUUUGGAUGACUGGGACUUGCCUGAUAAGAAAUUCCAUUGGGAGACAAGCAACGUGGCACAUCCGAGGUUCAAACUCAACGAAGAUACAGGGAUGAUAUCUAUGUUACAGGGCACUCGAGACGGAGUUUAUUAUUUGAAAUUUAAGGUUUAUGAUCGAAAACACACUCAGAACGAUGUUCCGGCAAACGUUACGGUGACCGUAAAAGAAAUACCUCAUGAAGCAGUUAUCAAUUCAGGAUCAGUGCGAAUUGCCGGUAUAACUGACGAGCAGUUUAUUCGAGUUUGGGAUUUCAAAUUGAAAGAUCUACCGAAAUCGAUGGCGGAGAAAUUUAAGGACAAAAUAGCAGAUCUUCUAAGCAUCAACCGAGAAAAUGUGGACGUGUUUAGUGUACAACUGCGUCGAAAGCAUCCUCCAGUAACAGAUGUUCGAUUUUCUGCUCAUGGAGGUUCCCCGUACUACAAACCUGUCAGGUUGAACGGCAUGGUUCUGAUGCACCGAGAAGAAAUCGAGAGAGCUGUUGGCAUUAAUAUCACUAUGGUGGGUAUAGAUGAGUGCUUAUACGAAAACCAGAUGUGCGAAGGAUCUUGCACAAACACGUUGGAUAUAAGUGCCUUGCCGUACAUGGUAAGUGUUGGAUCUAUUAAUAAUUCUUUUAAGUAA